GCCGCUCUUGACAUUUUACCGUUUACUAUAACCUAUUCACCCCGUUGAUAUCCUUUCUUGUCCGGUGCUGACUUCAACAGUCUGGGCUGCCGGCGAGCAUGGAGGAGGAUAUUGAUAUCGAAGGCGACGACGAGGAAGAGAUUCUCGCUCAACAGGUUGGAGAACUUGGCGAUCGGAACGGUUUGAGCGGACCCCAUGAACCAGAGACUCAGAAGCAAAUAUCAGUGAGGUCUGGAGGCGGGCUGAAAACGGAAGAUGUGACAACCUUGCUGGAGCAGUACCCUGAACCUGGUUGGCUAUCAGAGCAAAUGGACUGGAAAAGAUCCCUCGACGCGGACAUGGAUGAACAGUCCCGCGCACUCAUUGAGUCCAUGAUUGCGGAAGAAGAGUUCUAUUUUGGACAAGGGACAGUAUCUCUACCACCAUCUGGUGACCGUCUGGUCAAAUCCGACAGUAAAUUCCAGCAGGAUGACAAGAAGAUCGCAAAGAAGCGGACGAGCGGGGGGCCGGACGAUGGAUUGCGUAAGAAAACAAAGCGAGACAAGCUCUCUGCUGGUGCGUCCGUUCCGUCACACAAAGUUAAAUGGACAAAGGAAGAGGACGAAAGGCUUCGAGAAGGCAUUCGACUAUACGGAUAUGGAUCCUGGAAGCGCGUAGCGUCAUUUAUGAAAACACGGACCGCGCUGCAAAUCAAAAACCAUGUCCGACACUUGACCGUCCACGGUGGGGUUCGCUUUGAAGGUUCAGGUGCGGAAAACUGCAAAGGAGAUUUAGCCGUGGACAUACCGGCAGUGGACAAGAAGGUUGAUAUGCAGGAAGAGGACGAAGACGUGGAUAUUGACAUAACCGAUGAUGAAGAUCCGAUAGGCAAAGGUGAAAAUGGAGGAACGACUUUGGCUGAGAACGUGGUACUUGUUCCGGGCGAGGAAAGCGCAGAGAAUGUGGAAAAUCUGGGCAUAACAGAAGAAAGGGAAGCUGUAGAGAGUGGCGAUGACGAGUCUUCGGGCACGGGCGAAAAUGUGACACUCGCUACGAGAGAGGAUGUCGGGCUAGCGUCAGAUAUCUCAAGCUCUGAAGCUGCGAAUAGAGGGCAGGAGAAGGAAAACAAUCUGCCACCAGCAUCCUGUCUUGAGGAGUCGUUCGAGGGCGAGCAGACCGUCACAGAUAUGGAAUCACUCAGAGAGGUGGCUGAGGCUGGAACUCAUGGCACCGAAUCGCUGCAAAUGACCGAAAAUGAUGGUCAUCCGUGCGUGUCGGCUACCGACGUAAGCCUAGAAUCGAGCUCCGUAGAAGCUCCUGGAAGAACAUCCUCGGCAAGUGAUUUGCAUGAACUUGGGACUCGGCCAGUCAAAAUGAAUAUUUCAACUUCUGAAAGCCGUUCAAACGGCGCAAAUACCACCUCUGGGCACAGUGAGGAGCUGGAUGAAUCACCGCUCGUCAAAUAUUCUGAAAAAGCAUCCGAAGUUUCCGAGGACUCAGGAGCUGUGACACCGCUCGAUCUAAGCGCGGUUACUCGUUUACUUAUACCCGACGACCUAGAGACUACGUCGUCAGCAGCCGAAGAGUCGACGUCAUUCGAGAUAGAUAGCGACGCGAUUCAACGAUUUGAGGUAUCUUCACUGCCUGAGUGGUUUUUAUCCACCCUAGCUGUAUCACAAGGCAAAAAACCCCAUCCCCGCACUCUUCACAAGACGCCAGAGCGAUACAAGAAGAUUAGAAAUUACAUCCUCGCGGCGUGGGAUAAAUGCAAACCCAAGUAUCUGACCAAAACCAGCGUACGACCCGGUCUAAAAGGCGAAGGUGACGUUAACGCGAUCGGCCGAAUACAUGAAUUUUUAGAAAACAUUGGUGCAAUCAAUGUGGGAUGUGCAGAAAAGGGGGGCCGAAAGUAUUACGGCGGCACAGGAGUAAAGAAACCAAAAGAGGAUCUUGCCGAUGAUAUGACCGAGCUGGAAGCUGGGAGUGUGUGGAGUUUUAUGGAGGAAGGGAGACGACGUAGGCGGAGAGUACGUAAUGAACGGGGAGAAUGGGUAUAUGAGGAUACCUUGGGUGGGGAUGACGAUGAGGGAGGAUCCGCGCAAACUGGCGAGGAUUUGGCAAUAGCCAAGGAAGAAGCACGGCUGUUUGCGCUGAAUUCAAAGUAUUUCGCGGACGAAGAACUUGAGAAGUAUGACAAGAGGCUUCUCAAACGGCGUCAAAGACAGCGUGGGUUCGCCCCCAGCAUGGGAGCACCAGACUCGGAUAUCUUGGGCGACUAUGACCCAUUCCGUUUAAUCCCUACCCGAAGUUACAGUACAGAUGUUCCCGCCCCGUUCCGCGUGGUCGUUCAGUCCAAUGCGAUGAUUGUCAUGGACGUUCACUCCCACCUCGCACACACUGAGAUCAUUGGUCUUCUGGGCGGAACAUACGAUCCCAUCGAAAGGAUACUGAAAGUCGCUGAUGUAUUCCCAUGUCGAAGUCUUAGCACGGGCGUCCAAUGCGAAAUGGAUCCUGAUUCCGAAAUGCAAGCCCGUGAAGUGUUUUCUGCGAAAGGCUACGAUGUGGUUGGGUGGUACCACUCCCAUCCAACCUUUGAUCCCAUUCCCUCCAUCCGCGACAUUGAAAACCAAAUUGCGUACCAGACUCUCUUCCAACGACAUGAUGGUGUCGAACCUUUCAUUGGUGCCAUCGUCACACCAUAUGAUCCGCGAUAUUCUGCAGAUAGGCGCUCACGAUUCGGAUUGUUAAGCGUAUCACAGGAAUGGAAUUCGAUGCAUGAGUAUCGGCUUCCCUACUCUUGUAAUGUCACAGUAGUGGCGUCUGAAACGUUAAGUGGGGAGCUGUUUGAGCAGCUAACGCGUUUGUUGAAGGAGUAUAGAAAUUAUGAACAGUGAGUAGUCCGAACACAUUCCAUCGAUCCUUGUUGAAGCACGGUGUAUUCACUCUUUCCUUUAGCCGUGUGGAUCUGCUCAAACCCUA